AUGACUGCUUAUGAUUUUUGCAACAUAUUGCAGUUCAACCCUGCGUCUCCAUUGUCCACGUCUGAUUCUGGCUACAACCCUUCACCUUCUCCAGAGGACAGAGUUCAUGUUGUGGUUUGUCUCUACUCUGGUAACACGACAGAAAUUAACAGCUCAGUGUUACAGAAGAUGAAAGCCAUCAGAGAGACAGCCAGCGACUUGGGUAUUCCCCAGUUAGCUGUUCUUACCAAAUUUGAUGAGGCCUGUCCUGAAACUGAAAAGGACCUGAAGAAUACGUACAAAAGCAAGCUCAUGAAGAGAAAGAUGGGAGAUCUGAGCUCAAAACUGGGGAUCCCGCUUAACUUCAUCCUUCCUGUGAAGAACUACAGUGAAGAAACACAACUGAAUGACGACAUCGACACUUUGAUCCUGAGCGCACUGAGAAUGAUGAUUGACCUGGGAGAAGACUUCAUUGACUCUAAAUUAUAAACUGCCUCAUUCCUGACAGUUUCAGACAUACACAGUGAUCUAAUACACUCGAUGAAUAAUACAUAAUCCCAGUACAAUAAGAGUCACUUUUUCCACACAGGUUGAUGUUAAUUACCAGAUAAAAUAAAAAUAAGAGAAGAUAAGAUAAGAUAAGAU